GCAGGGAGGACAGGGGUGGGCCGAGCUGGGAUAGAGAAGAGAAGAGAGGAGGCAGCGGAGGGAUAGCAGAGCGUCCGGGAGCCAGGACGGCCCAGCUUGGACUUCCUAUUCCCAAAGGGGAGAGGGCAGGAGGCCCUGAGGUGGCCGUGGUUGGGGGGGGAGGAGGAGGAGCAAUGCGGCCCGGGAGCUGGGGCCAGGCCUGCCAGGCCUGGGAGAGGUGAGGCCCCCCCUCCCCAGCCCAGCCUGGGCGGGGGCCAUGGUGGUGGCAGCAGCCCCGUCAUGUCGGCCGAGGUCCGGCUGCAGCGGCUCCAGGAGCUGGUGGUCCGGGGAGGCUGGGUGGGUCUGGAGCCCCUGCUCGACCUGCUGCUGUGCGUCUACCAGGAGCUCAGUGCCUCGGCCCUGGCCCAGGACAAGUACGUGCUGGACUUCCUGCAGUGGGCGGAGCCGGUCGUGGCGAGACUGAAGGAGAUCCAGCUGCGCAGGGACGACUUUGAGAUACUGAAGGUGAUCGGACGCGGGGCGUUCAGCGAGGUGGCGGUGGUCAAGCUGCGGCGCACCGGCCAGGUGUUUGCCAUGAAGAUCAUGAAUAAGUGGGACAUCUUGAAGCGAGGGGAGGUGUCGUGUUUCCGAGAGGAGCGGGAUGUGUUGGUGAACGGGGACCCCCGGUGGGUCACGCAGCUGCAUUUUGCUUUCCAAGACGAGAACUACCUGUACCUGGUGAUGGAGUACUAUGUGGGCGGGGACCUGCUGACGCUUCUGAGCAAGUUCGGGGAGCGGAUCCCCGAGGAGAUGGCCCGCUUCUACCUGGCUGAGAUGGUCCUGGCCAUCGACUCCGUGCACCGGCUCGGCUACGUGCACCGGGAUAUCAAGCCGGACAACAUCCUUCUGGACCGCUGCGGCCACAUCCGCUUGGCCGACUUCGGCUCCUGCCUCAAGCUUCGAGAGGACGGAACGGUGUGCUCGUCGGUGGCUGUGGGUACCCCGGACUACCUUUCCCCGGAGAUUCUGCAGUCUGUGGGCGGCGGAACAGGGGCGUGCUCGUACGGGCCCGAGUGUGACUGGUGGGCCCUGGGGGUGUUUGCCUACGAGAUGUUCUACGGCCAGACGCCCUUCUACGCGGAGUCCACGGCCGAGACUUACGGCAAAAUCGUCCACUACAAGGAGCACCUGACCCUGCCCAUGGCUGAUGCUGGCAUCCCAGAGGAAGCCCGAGACCUGAUCCAACAGCUUCUAUGCCCGAGGGAGGUCCGGCUAGGACGGGCUGGUGCCGGGGACUUCCGAGAUCACCCAUUCUUCCAGGGCCUCGACUGGGAGGGCCUUCGGGACAGCUCUCCCCCCUUCGUUCCUGACUUUUCCGGAGCCACAGACACCUGCAACUUCGACCUGGUGGAUGACGGGCUCACGGCCAUGGUGAGCGGGGGCGGGGAGACACUGUCAGACCUGCUGGAGAGUCCCCCACUGGGUGUCCACCUGCCCUUUGUGGGCUAUUCCUUCUCCUAUGCUGCUCUCAGUGAAAGCGAGGCCGGCCCCCCUGCCCCCAUGGAGCUGGAGCCCGAGUUGACGGCCCCCACCCCAGAGGAGCCUCCCCAGGUCACCCAGACUCGGGCGGAGAAGGCCACCCAGAGCCCAGAGAAGGAGGAGGAGGAGGAGGAAGAGGGGGCCACCCUGCGAGAGCUGCAAGCGGCCCUGGAGGAGGAGAUGCUGAACCAGCAGAGCCUUCGAAGAGAGCUGGACGCCAUCCGCUCGGCCAACCAGAACUUUGCCAGCCAGCUCCGGGCCGCCGAGAGCCGCAAUGGGGAGCUGGAGGCUGAGAUUCAGCAGCUGCGGGAGCGGAUGGAAGAGCUGCAAGCAUCAGCCAACUCGGGGCUCCCCCUUCCCCAGGCCACGGAGCUGUCUCCCCAUGUAAGACACCCUUGCCUGCUGUUGCCCUGGGGGUCCCCUCCAGACCCCCUAGGGCCUCCCUCCAGGUCCCCUCCCCUUCCUCGGAGUCCCCACCGCAUCCGCAGGGAUCCCUCUGGAGGCCGCCCUGGGGAGGGACCCGGAGGGGCUCCGAUGUGGUCACCUGUCCCUUCUCUCUCCAGCCAGAUGGCCCCCCGGCCGUGGCUCUGUGCCAGUGCCCCCUGGUGGUGCCCUGCCACCUGCUGCCCUGUGCCCGGGUACGUCCCUCUGGCUGCUCACCCCGCCACCCCCGCCCCGGCCCUUGCUGCCUGGCCCCUCCGCUUCGCUCCUUCUCUGCCAGACUCUGAUCACCGGGAAGGGGGCGGACGGAAGGGGGGACCAAUCAGGACGUGCGGUCGCCGAGCGGACCAAUGAAGGGCAACCCUUGGAAAACGGGGUGGGGGGAAAAUGGAGCUAUUAAGGCUUCGGCCCUAAGUAGGCUGAAGGCGGUGCUACCGGAGGGGUUCUGGCGGCUCAACGGAGGGACCAAUCAGACCCGCCCCCUGACCCCCGGCCGGCCUUCCCGCAGGUCCGUAAGCCAGGCGUAUCGGAGGCGCGCCAGCUGCUCCUCGUCGCCGCUGCUCUGGCUCCUGCCGCAGCGCUGGGCUGCCCUGGGCUGGGGGCCCGUGCUGGCCCCGGCCCCGCGUGGAGCCUCCCCUGGACGGCUCGCCCCAGCCCCAGAGCCGCCUUCGGCCCCCGAGCCCUAGACGUUUCUGGCCCCUUCCCGUUUGAGAAUGGACCCCGGCGUCCCGGGAAGGGGAAACCGUGGUCCGAGCGCGCAGUCCGACCUCGCCUGCCCUGUACAUAGCACACGGCCCCAUCCCCGUGAUCCAGACCCGUCCCCGGGGGCUCGGGCGGCGUCCGGAGAGGGAGUCCUGAGGGCCAGGGACCCCGCGAGCCCCGCCCCCAGACCGAACACCGGCCCUCACUGCAGGGACCCCCCACGCCUGCACGCACCACGCGCCCGGCGCUGCCGCCUCCCUCACUGCUCUCUGCCCUGCUUGAUAUUUAUUGAACUAUCCACCGGCCCCAGCACCCCGCACCAGCCGGACGCCGGGGUCCCCCGAGUCGUGGGUGGCUGCGCUGCCCCGUGCCCAGCCCCCAUCCCUAUUUAUGCACUGAGAGCCUGACCCCCAGUAUUUAUUGUCGCCCAAUAAAAAGCCUCUUGGUCUCCUCA